AUGGACACAACAACAGUAAAUAUUCCAGAAAUCAAAGCCACUUUCACAUUGGAAGAUUUCGAUCUGAAAAUUGCGAUGAGAGACAAAAUUUCUGCAGAAGGAAAACUGAAAACAGUUGACAUUUCCCAGGAAGAUUUCAAUGGAAAGAUUUUGUCAUAUGAUUCACUUGAUAAUUUCCUAACAAUAAAAACAGAUGAAAACUUCAAAAUUGUCGCAAAAUACGCUAAACUUAAAACGGUUUUGUCACCUUUAUGUUUAGCCUUAAUUAUCAAUUACUUCUAUUCUAUAGUUAUACCAAGGAUUAAACUACCUGACUUAGCACUAAGUCAUUCGAAGAAAUCCUUGCAAUUACCUGAUUAUAACUUCAAAUUGGAAAUGGAAGAAUUGAAAAUAAUUUUGCCACAAAAAAGUGACAACAAACUUAAUGGCAAUUAUUUGGCAUUUUAUAUCAAUUCGACAACGAAUUUGAAGCCUCACAAAGUCAAUUUCGAUUUCAAUCUCAAAAAUAUGAGAUUCGAAAACGAUAAAACUUUGUCACUUUUCCCUUCAAUUCUUGACACUUUUUCAUUUUUUGCCAACAUGAAUUUAGAUGAUUUUUCGAUCAAAUGUGGUACAAACAAUAUUAGUAAUAUAGAACUCACACCUGAGAACUUAAAUUGUUUGUUUGAAAUGUCAAAUAAUUUGAAAGAAAUGAUUACAGAGACAAAUCAUUAUUUCAAUGAAAUUCCCAACUAUGAUUUACUUAGUUCCUUGAAAUCUAUGCCGAUUGUUUCUUUGGAACUCAAGCCAAUUAAUAUUUCUCUUUGUACAUCAAAUAGAAAUUUGUCAUGUAAUGUUCCAUUUUUGACAUUCAGAAUUUUAGAAACAAAUGUACAAACAGCGUGUAUUUCUGAAAGGAAUGAAUAUGCUUAUGCUAUUUCUAGUUCUUUCGAUUGCGAAUCACAGUUUGUUUCUCAAGUUUUGAAUCCAAUACAAGCAACAUCAACAAUUGUUGUUUUGACAGAUCCAAGACCAGUCAAAAUCGAUUUUUCGUUUGUAGAAGCUGAUCCAAUUCACUUGUGUGUAAAUGAAAGAUUGUUGAGAGCGAUUACUUCAUUUAAAGUUGAAGGAACUCUCGCAAACAAAACUAAGAAAGGACAUAAAUUUGUUGUAAUUAAUAAUACAAAUGAAAAAAUUACAAUUAUUUCUCGUAAAAAAGUUGAAAUUGUUGAAGAAAAAUCUCUUGAAGAAAAAGUUGCUGAUGUACACACAAGAAUGAACAAAGAACUCAAAGAAAAAUUCGCAAAACUCAAGAAACAAAAAGACAAAAAUGCCAAGAAACAAAAACACAAUAAUUCUAAAUAUUCUGAAAAUGAAAAAAUUGAAAAAGUGACAAAUGAAAAAUCUCAAAAUUCUGAAAAAUCUCAAAAUGAAAAACUUCAAAAUGAAAAGUCUCAAAAUCCUGAAAAAUCUCAAUAUGAAAAUUCUAAAAAUUCUGAAAAAGUUAAUGAUGAAAAAGUAACAGAUUCUGAAAAUGAAGUUGAAGAAAUUGAUCCGAAUGAGAAAUUCAUGGAAAAGAAUACAACAGGAGAUUUUGUUGUUGAUUUGAUGAACAGCGAGUAUUGCAGAGUUUUGGAUGAUAAAAUAGAUAUAUUAGUUAAAGGAAAGAAGUUCGAAAUUGAGCCAAAAGAUGUAUUAUAUCCUUUAUGUCUUUCAAAUGAUGUUAUUUUGUCAAGAAAAUUCAAGAAAGGACAAGAUAUUUUACAGAUUUAUUCACCUGUUUCUGUAUUCAACAGAUUACAAUUUUCUGUCCACAUUUACGACGACAAAAACAAUUUCCACCAAGAACUACUUCCAAAGAAAAUUGUUCCUAUCAACAAUGGACAUUAUUUCAUCAACAAUGUCCAGCAGAAAACGAAACAAACAUUGGUUGUUGAAUCAAAAUAUUCUGUCAAAAAUAUUUCUCUUUCAAACGGAAAGUUUAUUCAAGCGACAACUCGCUUAAGAAGAAAGAGAGGUGUUGUAUUUGUAGAACUAUCUGAAAACAUACUUUUGUAUAAUUUCAUUCCAUUUGAUAUGACAUUUUCUGUCAAUUCUGUAGUUUACAAUGUCAAAAAAAUUGAAAAAGUUCCAAUAUUUAACAUUGACCCGAAACAAAACUAUUUCUCAAUGAGCUGCAGUUUGCAAACAGUCAAACCACCACAAGAAACAAAUUGUUCAUUAGUUAAACCUGAUGGACAAUUUGUUAAAUCAGAUUUCGGAUCCCAAAGUUUGUUGACUCUUUCAAAUCUAAAUAUUUUUGAAAACAAAAUAAUCGUGUUUGUAAAUUCAAUAGUUUACAAUCAAUCACAACAUACAUUGAAGAUUGACAACCAAUUCUUGAAACCAGGUGAAUCAGUUAUUUUAUCAUCAUCCGAUGUGAAUCUUUCCAUUGACACAUUGACGAAACAGACAAAAAUAGAACUGAAUUCAGAAAACGCCGGAGUUUCUAAAGACAUUUUCUUGAAGACUUUGAUUGAUGAGAAAAUGACAAUUCCUAUUCAUUGCCAUAUAAAGAGAUUAGUCAACAAAUUCAAUCUCUCUGUAAUUGUUACUUUAUCUGACUCAAUUUUGGUCGAAAACAAUCUCUAA